AUGGCCCCGAUCCCCAUCACCAUCGUCACCGGCUUCCUGGGCUCCGGCAAGACGACGCUCAUCCUCAACCUCAUCCCCCAGCUCCGCGUCCAGAAUCCCUCCUACAAGCUCGCCCUCCUCAAGAACGAGUUUGGCGAUCUCGCGGUAGACUCGCAGCUGGCCUCGAGCUCGGCCAUCUCGGGCGUCCAGGAGCUGCUCAACGGCUGCAUCUGCUGCAACCUGGUCGGCCAGCUGGGCCCCGCGCUCGCGGAGCUCGAGAGCACCGUUGCGCCGGACCGCAUCAUCAUCGAGACGAGCGGGUCUGCGUUUCCGGCGACGCUUGCGCUGGAGGUGAAUCGGAUCGCGAGGGACACGGGCAAGUACGUGCUCGAUGGGGUGAUUAGCGUGAUUGACGUGGAGAACUGGAAGGGGUAUGAGGAUACGAGCUACACGGCCAAGAUCCAGGCGCGGUAUACGGACUUGAUUGUGUUCAACAAGUGGGAGACGGCGGGUGAGGAGCGGUACGAGUAUUGUUUGGAUCGAGUGGGCGACUUGGAGGUGGAUGUGGCUCGGGUCAAGAGCGACAAGGGCAGGGUUGAUAUGGGCUUGGUGUUUGGGAUAGACGGAGGCCUGGCUAGAGAGUUGACGGAAGCGGACGUCAACGGCGAGCAUAGCCAUGAUCACCAGACGAAUGGCGAUGCUCAUCAAAACAACCACAGCCACAGCCACCAGAGCGAGGUCGAGGUGCUCUCAGUCGAGCUCAAAGGCAGCAGCAGCAGCAGCGGCGGCGCCGCCGUUUCCACAGGCAAGCUGCUCAACUUCCUCCGAUCCGCUCCCAAGGACGAAGCCUACCGCAUCAAGGCCGUCCUCACCCUGUCAGAGAUGCCCAAGAACUCGGAUCCAGAUGUGCCGCAACCCGAGGCCAGUCCCCGGGGCCGGUACAUCUUGAACUGGGCGUUCGGCCGGUGGACGUUUACGCCGUUGGCUGAGAGCGCGGAGGAGCAUUCCUCGAGCAAUGGCGUGGUAUUACGAUUGACGAUGAUUUUGGGACGGUAUGAGAGCAAUAAGUGGAAGAAGAAGCUGGAGGCUGGUGGGUUGAUAGAAUUAGAGGGAGGGGAUAAAGGGGAGUUGGUUGUCAAGCGGAUACUGUAG